AUGUUUUGCCACGUCAAAGACGAGGUUUUGUAUGUGAAAAAGGAGGAAUUCGAGGAGCCGAUCACGGACAAAUGGGUCAUUGAUAUGCAAAAUGUGGAAAAGUACCGGCCGAUCGGUGAGCGAAAUUAUCAAUUCUCCAUGAAAACAGCCGAAUUCGUUGCAGGACCCACUCUUCCGGACGGAUCGAUCAACUGGCAGUGCGCGUGCAUGGCCGGAGGGUCACUCGUCGCCCACCGGUCCCGUUCCCGUCCGUUUUCCCCUCGAGACCCUCCGUUUUCAGAUGCGGCAACUAUUUCCGCGAACUGUACGUGUGCAUGAAGAGCGACGAUCAAAGGGAUCCGUCGGAAAAGUGCCCGAAUCAGUUUGUGGACUGGGCCGCCUGCAUGCAGAACAUGAGCGGUCCGUUUUUGGAUCUUUGCACGACUAUCAGUCUUGAUUUGAGGCUUUUAGCGUGAAAGUUUCAGCCUAAAAUGCCUAACUUUUUGCGGUAGCUGAAAAUAAAGCUCAAACUUGCGGUUCAGAACCGAUCACUCUGAAAAAGACGAUUUUCAGUUGAACGACGAGAACAAAUGAGAAAAGCGAUGAAGGAAGACAAGGAGGAGCUGAAAAUCAAUCAAUAA